GGGGCAACCCGCCUCCGGCGGGCAAGCGGCCGGGAGGCUGAGGAGCGCAGGCAGCAGAGCCGGGGAGGAGGAGGAGGGCAGCGCCAUGACUCAUUUGCAGGCAGGUCUCUCCCCGGAGACUCUGGAGAAAGCCCGGCUGGAGCUGAACGAGAACCCCGACACCUUGCACCAGGACAUCCAGGAGGUGCGGGACAUGGUCAUCACCCGGCCGGACAUCGGCUUCCUCCGCACCGACGAUGCCUUCAUCCUGCGGUUUCUGCGGGCCAGGAAGUUUCAGCACUUCGAAGCGUUUCGCCUCCUGGCCCAAUACUUUGAAUAUCGCCAGCAGAACCUGGACAUGUUUAAGAGCUUCAAGGCCACAGACCCGGGCAUCAAGCAAGCGCUGAAGGAUGGUUUCCCCGGCGGGCUGGCCAACCUGGACCACUACGGCAGGAAGAUCCUCGUCCUUUUUGCUGCCAACUGGGACCAGAGCAGGUACACGCUGGUGGAUAUUUUGCGUGCCAUACUUCUUUCUUUAGAAGCCAUGAUAGAAGACCCCGAGCUGCAAGUGAAUGGAUUUGUUUUGAUUAUAGACUGGAGCAACUUCACCUUCAAGCAGGCCUCCAAGCUCACACCAAGCAUGCUUAGAUUAGCCAUAGAGGGCCUUCAGGACAGUUUUCCAGCUCGGUUUGGAGGAAUACAUUUUGUCAAUCAGCCAUGGUAUAUCCAUGCCCUCUACACAGUUAUCCGGCCCUUUCUAAAGGAGAAGACACGAAAAAGGAUAUUCCUGCAUGGUAACAACCUCAACAGCCUGCAUCAGCUCAUACACCCCGAGAUCCUGCCUUCAGAGUUCGGAGGAAUGCUGCCCCCCUAUGACAUGGGGACAUGGGCAAGAACACUACUUGACCAUGAAUACGAUGAUGACAGUGAAUGCAAUGUGGACUCCUACAACACUCCUGCAAAGGAUAUAGAAAAGGACCUCUCUCCCAAAUCCAUGAAAAGGUCUCAGUCAGUUGUGGAUCCUGGGGUGCUGAAGCGCAUGGAUAAGAAUGAGGAAGAAAACAUGCAGCCUUUGCUUUCACUUGACUAACAGUUUUUGAGCAUUGGACGUGAACUGAGGUGAAAGGCACUGCCUCUCAGCAGCAAGCAAAUCAUUGGGAAGUGUGUAACAGCUGGAAUCCUAUUUACUCAUGUUAAUGUAGCAUAUUGGCAACAGGUGUUACUAUUCUGCCUGAAUUCUGGAUGCCCUUUGGUGAAAAAGAAGUAGAGAAAAAAAAAGAAAAUGAAGUAAAAAAGAAAAGGAAUCAGUAAUUUAAUCUGUAAGUGCCAACUUGUUUGUAAAUACAAUAUAAUUCUCCAAUUUUACUUUGUAAGUUAUGGUAAACAAGUGCUAUAGAAAUGAGUGACUAUUAAAUAUGUCAGUGAAGUGCACCAUAAAAAAGAGAAGAAAACGUGUGUGUUCUCACAUGCACACAUGCACAGAGAGAAACAUAAUGGACAAAGAAAGAUAUCAAAGCCAAUUAAAUGUCCUUCCCAUGGGAAGCCAACUAGCACAUUGACUACUGGAUUUUUCUGCAAUGCUCACAUAGUGUGCUAAGAUAAAGAGGGAAUAUAAGUACUUGGGAGAUGCUAUAAUCAGUGGAAAGCUUCCUAACUGUAGGAAUUGGUUUCUCAAAUAAUACUGGGGCUUAGGAUUGUGAUUUAGCAUAAACCAUGUGCGUUUUGAGGAAGAUCACAGGUGAACUGGAACCAAAUCUUUGGAUAGCUUUGUUGUUUAGCUGUAUGGGUCUCUGAGGUUUCUUCCCUAACUUUUGAUUUACACAAGUAACCGGGCUUGGUACUGUAAUCUGGGUGUUGUAAUGUGGGACACAUUGUAAUUACUUCUCUUGCAUUUUGGGUGCACAUCAAGAAUUUUUCCAGAACACUCUUCUCCCUUGGAGUGAGACAUUAGUCAUCUAAAUGCAGUGUAAUAACCAGUAUCUAAAAGCAAAGCCUGGCAGCAGAGGUUAAUCAAUGAAUCCUGUGCACUGGGAGACUGGAUGCAUAUAUAUAUUUUUAUCAAUCUCUGACAAGCAUACAAGGUGACAUUGUUAGAUAAAUAUAUUUCAUUGAAGGUUUAUACAAGAAAUCAUACCUAUUCAAUGUACUUAGAUAUAUUAUAGAUUGUUUAUUGAGACACUGUCAUUAUUAAUAAAGUAAAACUUUCCAUAGAUCAACAGCAUCCCACUCCAAGCAAGGAUUAUUAUGAAUAAGUUUUAGUCAAACAUCUCAGCCUAUAGUUUAGGACACUUUCGUUUUGGUUGUAGUGUAACUGUAUAUACUGAAUGUGUGCCAUAAUAGAGAAAUACCUUUUACCUCAAAAGGGCAAAGGGUUUCAGUAGGGAUUGAGUAAAUCAGCUGAAACAUAGGGGCUGUUUCAUCUCUGUGUUCUGGCUGAUGUCUGUGCAGCCGGUUGUAUGCUGAGGUGAGAAUGUAAUUUCUUAUUAGGACUUAAAUCAAUAGUCAGAGUGGGAAGACACACAGGGUGCCCAGCAAGACAUCUACAUAAUUAGAGAUAUUUUAAGAGCAUGUUCAGGCAGUGCAGGGAUUAGUUAAGAAAACACUGACCACAGUGACAGCUCAUGGCAACCCUGCCUCCCAAGUACUAGAGAUUAAACCAUUUUCUCCAUCACUCCAGUGAUCAGUGAAGUUCCAAAGUUACUGGUUGUAGGUCAUCUUUUCUCAUCCAGGAUGAUUACAGCUGUAAGAUUUGGUAGGCUGAGGUGAGUUAAGAGCAGAAAGUGAAAACUUGAAAGUCUGUCGUCUCGAGUUUAGCUGUAACUCCUGUGGUGGCAGCUUCAGCAUUUCUCAGGGCUGAGACGACCCUGACUCAUCAUCCUUGAUUAGCCCAGGAAACACACAGAUGAAGCUUUCCUACUUCCCAGGCCGUUAGCAGCACUGAUAAAUAGGGUAUGCCCUAAUACGCCAUCACCUUGCAGGAACAUGUCUGAACAACUCAGUGCCUUUCUGCUUUCCUAAUUCUGUUUUCAUAGGAUGUGUUAGGAAAUGCAGAGAGGAAAGAUAGGAAGCCUGAACUUCUUAACAGUCUGUCCUACGAGUUGUCAGUAGUAGAAACUGUCCUAAUACUACUUCUGUGGUUUGAGAGACUUGAAGAAAUGAUCAGUUCUUAUAUACUAUUUUAUUCAGUUCUAUUUUUCACAUUCCUUGUAAAAUCAUGUUGUACAAGUGAGAUGUGUCUCCAGUAUUCGCAUAAGUGCCAUAUUUGAAUGUAUCUUAUAUAUUUCCACACUUCUGGUUAGUAGAUUAGUAUACUGUCAUAGUUCUGAUUUUAAAAUUCUUAUCAGAUAAAACUAAAACAUCAGUAGAAAUUUUAACCUUAUAAGGGCUUCAGGAUUUAGUCAGUACUCCACAUGUAUACAAGCUGUUACAUAGUAGUGAUCAAAAUCUUCAUGGAUCCUUUUAGAUACAUGGGCCAGACUGGUAUAAGACAGCAGAAUGCUGUCUAAUUAAAAAAUGCAAAUCUUUUCCAAUGUAUGAAGCUUAAAAUUUGUUUGGAAGCUUAUAAAUUUUUGUUUGAACUCCCUUUAUUUGUGCACUUAACUGUAAUUUAUGUAAUAUUUUCUGAUGUCUGAAUUCAAUUUUAAGGUAAUGAGUAUUAAUACAUUCUUUCCAGAAAGUGAAAGUAGGAUAUAUUAUAAUUUUGUGUAACUGGGACCUCAUCUUUCAGCCAGAACAAAAUUGCUUUUUCAAUAAGAUUCUCUCUGUUGAAGAGCUAGGCUACAGGUCUUCAUGGCUGCAGCUUUUAUUUCACUGAAGCAAAUUCUCACCGUGGCAAUUGCAGUUGUGACAUUUUGAAAAAGAACAUGGAAAUGGGUAAGAGAAAUAAAUAUAAUUUACCUGCUCUCAGUGUUCUUUGAAGGCAUUACUCUUUUACAUAUCAGGGUACAUAAAGGGUUCCACCUUUCUUGUAGAAAAUCUUUAUAGGUAGUUCAAUUUUUAUUAGAUGAGUUUGGACUGAAAACUUUUUCCAAUCUUUAUUACCAUAGGAAUUGCUGUCAAAUUUUUAUAGCAGAAUUGAUGUGCUAAAAACAGAAUGCACAUGCUUGGGAGGAACUCCUCUUAAUUUCUUACCUUUCUUGUGAAUUGGGUAGAAUAAAACCUUGUUGUAAUUAUGCAUGCCAAUAUGCAUAUUAAAAUAUCCUGCAAUAUGAGGAACUUAGUGGAGAAACUGGAUAUACCUGUCCAACUACUUAAAAAAAAAGGAUUAAAAAAAAAAAAAAAAAAAAAAGAGAAAGAAAAAAAAAAAGUGUAAAAUUUGAUAGCCUUGGGUCUUUGUUAAGAUCUAAAAAUAUCCUCUUACAUGACAACUUUUCCAAGACAGAAAUGUUUAAAAAUAUAUGGAAAAGUUAUGUAAACUUCCAUGACCAAAAUCUCCUUGUAAUCAGAGAUGUCAGUAGACUCUUGGCUUUACAGAGACAGGUAAUCAGACCCACUAAGCUCCAACAAACACACAGACUCCCUCCCAAUAGUUAUUGUAAAAUAGUUUGAGAUGUCUUUACAGAAAUGUAAAUUUAUUGUAUAGCAUAUUUAAAAGAGAUGUUUUGCACUCUACAAACAUGCUAUGCCUAGUCACAAACUGAACACAGAAUUAAAGAAAAGAGGAGUAAAAGGGGCCUCAAGAGGUCACUGAUACGUGGAGGAGCAGAUUCACUUUAAUGUCACUCUCAGAUGUUUUAGCUCAGUAGCUUGCAUGGAAUGCUCUUUGUAUUAUUUAAUCGCAGUCACAGCCAAGCCUAAACACAUUACCUGACAAAAUUGUAACCUGACAGUAUUUUGUUCAUACCUUUUAUUAUCUUCCUGUUCUGUUUGGGAAAUUAAAGGUUGUCAAGAAUCAUAUAAACUACCAUUUAGCAUUACUUGGAAAACACUUUGCAAUAAGCUUUGGUCAUAUCCCUAUUAUUAUAUUGUUUCUGUUAUGAUUAUCGAUGUAUGUAUUUGUUUUUUGAUAUAGUCAUGUUUGAAAGAGCAUGCAAGAGAGAAGAAAACAAAAUCAAUCAGGCUUCAGGAUUUUAUUUAGAAUAUUAAAAUGGGAUUUUAGGGGUGAAGCUGAGUUUGGAUUUUAUUGUCUUUAAUUGUGUCUGGGGAAUGUCUGGCUGAGCUAUUGGCAAUAUUGGGUUCCAAGACAAAUUUGGAAGAUUAAUAUCAAUAUGAAAGACAAGAGCAAAGGUCUCAAAGGACUGUAUUGAUAACAAAAAAAACCCUCUUAAUCACAUGGCUAUGUAGAUCAGAAUCAUCUAAAGAAAGGUGUUUUGCAAAUAGCCUGUGAGUGUGUACUUCUGGUGCUGAGAAUAGUUCUUUUGUCCACAAACUUCAAAACACUCUAUGAAAUUGAGAAAAUAAUAGUUCCAAUUUCUCAGGUAGUAAAACAGGAACACAACAAGUUAGAGACGUACCUCAAUGGAAGACAUUUUUCCAUAUGGAAAAUAUGUCACUUUGAUCACAGUCUGAUUUUAACUGAAAGAGAGAAAAUGUGUCCCUAUUUUGUGUAAGAAGGUCUUAUUGUCAAUUCACUCAUGCCUAGUCUCUCUAGAACACUUUAGCAUGGGACCUUUGCAAACCAGGAGUGAUCUGAUUUCCUGUGGAGUUAAAUAUGAAUGUACAUUUAAGGAUUUCUGCUGAGGAAAUGGCAAGAACGGUGAAUGUCCCCCAAAUGAAAUGCCUUCCUUCGCUGUCUGAUUGUUGGGAAAAAAAAAAAGUAGUUUAAAGGCCCCUCAAAAGGAAAUAUGCCCAGUAAAGAAUUCUGUCAGGGAUGAAACAAGAUACUUAUCUCCCAUUAAUAAUACAAGGAACAUGAACAUUUUGUUUAGAGGCUUGCUCGCGUGACCCCAAAUGAAAGUGCAAACCAGGUAAAUAAAAUUCCAUGUCCUGUAUUGCCUUGUUACUUUGGAUGAUCCUGUGUCAAAAGUCUGUAUUUAGAUUGACUUGGACAUUCCCUUCAGUCUGCAUUUCAGCUUUCAGUUGUGUAGGAUUUUUUUCCUAUCAGCUUUUGGGAUCUUAAUUUGUUUCCUUCAUAAGGGUCUGUUGGCACAAAACAGCAUUGACCCCUGUUGGAUUGCACAAUUUAUGAAGUGGUUUUGUUGUUAAAAAAUAACAACUUGUGCAGUGCUAGGUAAUGGUGAAGUUGAAACUUGGGUCAGAAGUUCCCACUAUUUUGUCACUACUCCUCCUGUGUUUUGUGUGUGUGAACAGCUUUGAUUGAUAAAAGACAUGUUAACUCUUGCAUGAUAUAAAUUUAAAAAUAGAAAAAAAAAAUGGGUUUCUGCAGUGAGUUCAAGAUGUGAAUUCAUCAGCUAUUGCUGUGGAAUCCAAAGGCGAGCGGACUGCACGCAGGUGAAAUAGAAAGACCUCCAAAUGAAGUUGCUGAUAGUUCCUUGUUGUAACACGUUUUCUUAAAAUGUGGCCAGAUGGUGGUCAGCCUGAUCUCUUCUCUCUGAAUCAGUGGCUUACAGUAAGUCCUCUCUAAUAAAGGUAUGACAAAGCUUCCUUUUGCAGAGAAUUCACUUCCAGGGAAUUGACAUAUCUGUCAAUUUGCAGUAGACAAAUAGUGGGAGUUAAUUAGGAUUUUUAUUUGAUAUGGAAAUGCUGCUGUGGUUCCUUAAAGAGGCUGUCACAUCACCAGCAACCAACUACAGUGCCUAAAGGCAGGCAUCUCAAAUCAGGUCCCUUGGUUGAUAAAAAUUUAAGAGUAGAAAAAAAUCAAGGGAAGAGAUGAUAGAAGAUGAUAAAAUGCAAUAAUUAAAAAAUCAAAACAGAAGCAAACUUGCAGUGGAAAGCUGCAUGAAUGACAAAAAUGAUGUGAUAGAAUCUGUAUUACACUUCCAGGAAAUUAAUUAGUAGCCUAUUAUGAGUGCACCCUCUACAUUAUGAGCAGAGUUUCCAUUUUUCUCAUGGUCUUCCAUGUAUGACCACAAUGGAGUUUCCCAAAUCUUUAGAAAGUGAGUUACCAUGUAAAAUGGUGGGUGCUGUAGCUGAGCUUGUGAACAUGAUUUAAGGGGUCAGAACAUGACAGCAGAGCCACACUUGUAGAUGGGUCCCAGGAAUAUGCUGUGUCCUGCCUGACUGAAGAAUUCAUGGAAGGAGAGAAUGAAAGGAGCCCUAUCGCUGUAAGGAAAGGUGGCAGGCCUAGGAGAAAACAACAUUAGGGAUUUGGAGUGAGCUGGUGAACCAUUUUAACAGUGAAGGAGGCUUUCACCUGCUCGGUAAUAGAAGAGAUGACUUACAAACCCCAUGACAUAUCUGUCACCCAGAAGGAGAGAUAACAUGUUUCUCACUUUCCCACACAAACUCAGUUUCAGUAUAUUUAAACCUGAUGCGUAUGCUAAACCUGAAGUGCCUCUGCUGCUGCUGUUUCCACAGCAGUUCCCAGGGUGUGGGUAUCAUGCAGCAUACAGGAGCUGGAAGAGUAGAGCCCCCCAGCCCAUCCAUAGGAAGAGAAGGGAGGGACGUGUUCUGCAAAACCCUGCUGCAGAGAAAAUUUUGUGGGAGAAUUCAGCGCUUGCUUGAGUUACAGCCCUGACACCAGUAUCAGUGCCUACUCUGUGGAAAGCUGUGAGUGGAAGUGGUGUGGGAAUCUCCCUUGAGAACCUCGGUGUCUUGUGCUAAUUAUGCAGCCUUCGAGCUGUAGCUGGUGAUCUGUGUCCCAUGUCUUUGAACAGUGCUGCUGGUGAUGUUAAUUGUAGCCAUUAGUCACCCAGAGCAGAGAUGAUUUAAAGGAAACUGACAACUUUAAGCAUUACACUUAAUGCCUAAGAAUAUUAAAUUGGUGAUUGUUACAAGUAAUGCCUAAGAUUAUGAUAACUUAAAGACUUCCAGGGGUUGGUUGCAUUGUAUCCUUGAUGGGACUUAGUGUAUAAUCACUUUCCUUUAAGUAUGGUUGUCCCUGAGGUUCAAGUGCAUCUUUGAUACAGCGAUGGUUGAAGGAAUUAAAUAGCAGAAAAUGUCAUUCUAAGGCUAUGAAUAUAUUCAGAGGGGCACAUUUAGAUUACCUGACACCCUUAAGAAAAAUGGUUUUGCAAUUUGCUGGUGUUCAACUCAAGAAUAAUGGCUCUUUUAAAUCAUUUGCUUCUCUAGCUCUUUCACCCUAUGGAUUGCUGUAUGAAAUGUGUUCUACAAAACAUUCCCAGAUUUCAUUUCUUCUCCUGCCCUCUUAUGUUUGCUUUAUUUUAUGAAUAACUGAAAAAACCUGUAAAAAAAACCCCGAAACAUUGAUAAUCUGCAGACUAGAUCUUGAGGACCAGUAUUUUAAAUAUUUCCCUUGUAUGAAUCUCUGGUUAACAGGGUGAGAUGGAAAAUGAGACCACGGCCAGCCACAUCAUAGAGGAAUACAAACCUGACUGUUGUCAUUCUUCACACAGGAACUACUGCCCUAACAUUUAAUCAACAACAUAUUAUGGAAGUACUCAUGUCCCAGUGAAGGCUGUGCACAAAUCAUGUUAACUCUGUUGAUUCUGCUCUGUUAUGAGAAUAAUGAUUAACAGCUAGUGAUGGUGACAUCUAAAAUUACAGAUUGGCAAUCUGUGCCUUAAGGCUCUUGUGAUCUGUAGUACUUGCAUAGCAGUAACUACUGAAUAAUGUUCUUUUUUGCAUGCAGUAAUCUACUUUGGAGCCUUAUGGAAAAUAUUAUAGCACCAUAUCAAAAUUCAAAAUUAAAUUACAGGAGUAGUUUAAAAGCAGUGCUUGUAUCCUCAGGAUAAAAUUUGUUUGUUUCUCAAUUUAGUACUGUUAGGACUCAGGGGGUCUGAGAUUUGUAAAGCCAGGACAAGUUUAUUAAUCAUGUUCUUUCUCUGUAAAAUUUCAGUAACUAUUCUCUUUUCACAACUUGUCAGUUUGAAUUUUAUUCUUGGACCUAGUGAAAUGGUUAAUUUUGGUCUGUUGUGUUCUAACCUAAAGUCUGAAGAUAAAGCAACUUUGUGAAACAUCACUCUAUAUAUUGUAUAUUUAAAUAUCAUCAGUUCUCCGUGAUCAAUAGGCUGCUUUGGAGAGUGCUACUACUUUAAAUCAUCAUUGGUUAUUGAGGAAGAAUGACAUUCUGUUAAAUAAAAUAUGACCAAAUUAAAAUUAAAAUACAUAUAUAUUUUCGUCUUUGUA